AUGUUCAUCGGACUGAUGCUUAAUAUCCUCCUGUUUGGAAUUAUGAUCGCCCAGGUCUACGUCUAUCACACGUCCUAUAAAAAGGAUUCGUGGGGGCUCAAAUGUUUUGUUUCAUAUCUUUUCAUCGCCGACCUGGUCAACGCGAUAUUCUGUUUUGUUUAUCUUUAUCGGACGCUCAUUAUUGAUUUUGGCGAUGCGGAGGCGCUUGGUGUCGCUGAUUGGAGUGAGUUGCAAUGUUUGACUUCGAAAUCCCAAACUUACCUCGUUAUGCCUGAAAUCCAGUAUUCGCAACUGGUAUUUACACAUUCAUUCCUCCGUCCCCGACUUGCCGAUGAAAGAAACGCCGUUAUAGAGCCAGCUUUGACGGCCAUUAUCGCUAGCUCUGUGCAACUCUUCUUUGCAAGGCGCAUCUGGCUUUUGACGAAAAAUUGGGCCCUUGUCGCGCUGGUCGUUGUCACCUCCUUGACUUCCGGAAUAUGUGGAAUUAUGACCGCUUUUGAGGUUGGACGGACGCCCAACUUUGUGGAUUUCAGAAAUUUCGAGGCUGUAGUUAGCGCUUGGCUUGGGAGUACCGUGGCAUGUGAUGCUUUCAUUACAUUUAUUCUGGUCCACACUUUGUGGCGAAAACACAAGACAGGGUUCCAACGCUCCGACAUGAUGGUUGACCGCAUCAUUCGCAUCACCGUUCAAACUGGUUUCAUUACCAUGAUUAUUGCGGCGUUGGAUCUUGCCUUUUAUCUUGCUGUUCCAUCCGGCCUUCACCUUCUGUUCAGCUUUCCGCUUUCAAAAUUAUAUACAAACUCCCUCAUGAGUAGUCUCAACGCACGACAUAAAGUGUUCUACGGAUCCACUACGCAGCCUUCAACAAUGGAUGGCAUUAAUACCUCUAGCGCAAUGGUCCCCCCGUCCCAGCGUGUCCACAAUUCAAAACAAGACAUGAUAAGCUUUGGAGCUCCGGCGCGCCCAGAGGUGUUUGUGCAUGUCGAGCAUCAUGAACUUCGAGAUGUUCAUGAACAACUUGGGAUUCAAGAAACUGGUAAUGAGGAGCAAAGUUUUCGUUCGUCGCUAGAGAAAGGUGAUGAGGGAAAAUGGCCGGCUGUUUAG